AUGGCGAGCCAAGAUGCCUCAAUGGAGGAGAUCCUCUGGCGGUCUCCCCCGCACGUCCAGAUGAUGGGGGGUUUCCUUCAUUCCAACAACAUUUUGUUUUACUUUGCCGAAUCCCCCUUCUUUGAUUCGACCUCCAACAACGCCUCGCUAGCCAUCCAAGCCAACUACAACGAUGCCUUCCGGCAUUUCGUCGAGACGCGCGAAGCAUUCGAAGCCCGACUGAAAACAAUGCAGGGUCUGGAGUUUAUUGUGUCAUAUGACCCCCUCCAAGCAGCGGCGCAGACAGACAACCGCUUCGCGCACGAGCCAUCCAACAUCUGGGUGAUCCGCAAGCAGAACCGGCGGAAGAGGAGCGGCAUGGACGACGAGGUGACCGUGAUAUCUACGUACUUCAUAGUCGGCGACUGCAUCUACAUGGCUCCUUCAGUGGCGAGUGUCGUAGGCAAUCGAAUUCUAUCAGCCGUCACAUCCCUAACCCAACUCAUGAAAUCUGCCGCGACAUUACCAACAUUCACCGCCUCCCACGGACACACCUACUUGCCACCGGGAGUUCGCAGCAAAGAAACCCCCGGAACCAGCCAAGCCUCCCAGAGCAAAGAAGCAACACCCAUGCCAGACGUAUCCUUCCCAACGACCGAAUCCUCACAAUCAACCAGUAAAUCAAGCCUGGGCGGCUCAACUACAAGCUCCAAAUAUCAAGAUACGCGCAGUCUAGCCGAAUCAUUCAGCCUGCUCACGCGCUACGGCAACGAAUUCAUGGACGAGAGUCCCCUCGUCGGCGAACCAGGCUCGUUCAUCCUAUCCCGGACUGGCGCCGAGACUACCGGCUCAGCUAUUAAGGGUGCGCCAAAAAUCGCUGCUAAUGCGGCGACGACUGGUACGCCUGCUGCCUUGCCUGUCAGGGCGUCGACACCGCAGGUCCGCGUCGAGACGCCCGGUAAGGCUUCUGAGAAGAGUUCGCCGCCUAGCUCUGCUGGUGAUAAGGGGAAGAGGAAGAAAAGCCGGAUCGUUAGCUGA